CCUCCCUCCGGCAGCCGCAGGAUCAGCAGCAGCAUCACCUGCUCCUCAUCCUCCUCAUCCUGCAUCCGCACGCCGCAGGAGCAACAGCAGCAGCAGCAGCAGCAGCAGCAGCAGCACGCUGGGAAUAAGAGGAUCUACAAAAUGGUGAAACUGGGGAGUCAUCUUCAGGACAAAGGGGCCAAAGCAGCAAGUGUGGAGGACGGCUUCCAAAACGUGCCCCUCAUCACUCCUCUGGAUGUGGGCAGCCUGCAGAGCCAAGCACCUGACAAGGUCGUGGUGAAAACUCGCACCGAGUACCAGACGGAGAAGAAGAGACUGAAGGUUCCCAAAGUGGAGGAGUUCACCAUCAGCUUCACCGACGGCGUGUCGGAGAGACUUAAGGUGACUAUCCUGAUCAUCCUGGCUUUGGCCUUCCUCGCCUGCAUUGUGUUCCUGGUGGUUUACAAAGCCUUCACCUAUGAGCACGCUUGCCCAGAUGGAUUCCUCUACAAGCACAAGCGGUGCAUCCCGGCCUCGCUGGAGGCCUACUACGCCGCGCAGGACGCCAACUCCAGGGGCCGCUUCUACACGGUGAUCAGCCACUACAGCAUGGCCAAGCAGACCACCUCACACUCCGUCUCCCCCUGGCUGCCCGGCGGGGAUGCGGGGCAGCCGCACGACGCCAAGCCGCCGCGUGGCGGCGGCGACGCUCACUGA